AGAUUGCGAUAAUGUACAGGAACACAACAAAGCGAGAAGAUUUGACAGCUGCAACCAAAACGUUAUGACUAACUGACAGCCGCUGUUUAUAAGAGGCAUAUAUUAAUAAAUUAGUUCAGAAAGUUUUAGAGAUCAUGUGGAUAACUGUGUGGAGAUGGAGGCUGUGAGACCCAAAAAGUCCAAGUCCAGUGGAAAGAUACAGGUCAAAAAGGAAAGACCGUCUGAGGGUGUUAGAAAGCCUUCGGGACCAUCUACAGAUCUCCACGAGACAGCACCAGCUCCUGAGUUCACUGAUUUCACAGAUGUUCCCCUCAGUCUUUCUCCUGUGCCUCAUGCCACUGAUCUGAACCCACCCACUCAGCCCUCAGUAGACCAUAAUGACAAUGAUGAAAAGGAUCAAGACAGAGGUCUCUUGUGUGAUACGACUGAAAUACUGGAGAAACCCCCGUGCCAGGAAGACACGCAGCAUAAAUUGCAGUCUCAUCGUGUGGAUCAAGCUUUGGUGCACACUCAGUACCGCCAAUGUGGUCAAAGAAUUCCAGAGCCAUUUAGUGUCCCUUCUACACUUCCCUCGAUCCCAGCUGCUUGCUCUGAGCCUCAACUCUUGGAAGCCACAUGCUCUAUCACCUAUGGACUGGUAGAUGCUGUCCUUAUGCCAUUGGAUUCUGAGGCAGCAGUCAGGCCUGGAAAAAUAGCUGUUCAACCUCUAGCUAGCCAGGAAUCCUCCCCACCCUGCUUAGUCCCUGUGGAGGUCGCUGAUGUGGAGAGGCUUUAUCCAGAGCUGCCAAGGACCUACCAGACUUUAAAGCCCUUUACUAGUGAGCAGCUACGAACCUGGGAGCCGGGUUCCUGGCUGGAAAACGUGGAGCUCCAUGCAGCAGAAUUCCAGAGUCUGGCCCACCAAGAGGGACAUGAGUUGUAUGAGCUGCUGCUGAGUUACUGGAGGUGCCGUAAGCAGUUGACCCAGGCCCAGACUGAACUGCAGGCUGCUAACUCUGACUGCAAAAAUGUACAGAAUCGGCUGUGGAGCUUUAAGGACGAAAGGCUUUCGUUACAGGGUGUGUGUGCAGACCAGGCCAAGGUGUUUGGCUACCACUCUUACCAGCAGGUGACACUAAAUGAAGCAGCAAUAGCUGAGCUGAAGCAUCUGUUUGCUGCUAAGGCAGAAAUACUACAUCAAACGGUGGCGCUGCACUCGUACACCUCCAUACUGUCCCGCCUGCAAGUGGAGUCUUAUCUCUACCAUUUGCUCAGCAGUAACCCCACCACCAAGAGUGUGGCUGUACAAGAUACAAGCACAGGCAAUCCAAAGUCUCAACCCUCCUCUUUGCACCCGCUGAAGGAGAGCAUCAGUGUGCUGUUCAUUUUCACCAGACGGGUUCUAGAUGAUUCUCAGUUUCAGACUGACAUCCAUCUCUGGCUGCAGAGGCUGGUCUCUGUGCUGCAUCUGGUUGGUUCUUCAGGAGAUCAUCUGUUCAUCCUAAACCACCUGCUCUGCUGUCCUGCAGGAUUGGGGAAAUGGGCUGUGCCAUUUCUACAGAUCAAAGUAUUGGAUAACCCAUCUGGAGUGUAUUAUUUCAUGCAGGCUCUGGCUGUUCUCAUGUCUCCUGCAAGGCACCGUAUAGACUUCCUGGGACACAUGAAACCCAGUGACCCAAAGGGCAAUAACAGUGUUUCAGGACCUGCGUCUGGAAACUGGACUCUAGUGGAUGAGGGUGGAGAAGAGGAUGAAGACCCAGAAACAAGCUGGAUGCUGCUGUCUGAGGAUGAUCUGAUUUUAUUGUUCUCUCAGUUUCCCUUUGAUGAGCUCUUCAAACACAUACUAGGGAUCUGCUCUAAAGGUGACUAUCAGCCUCAAGCCACCACUAGUCAAAAGAUGAUGAAGAUAUUUGCGUUCGCUUCUUCACUGGUUGAGUUGCUCGCAGUCGGCUUGCAGACCUACAACAGAGCACGUUAUCGCCAGUUUGUAAAGAGGAUUGGUCACAUGAUCCGGAUGACACUCUGCUAUGUGAGUGACCACUGGGCGCAGUACAUCAGCCUUACAGGUGUGAGCAGGAGCACACUGCAGGAACAGUCCUUCACAGUGGAGAAGCUGCAGGUGGAGUUUGACCAUCUCUUUCUGAGAGCAGUGCUGCACGUGCUGAAGUCCAAGAGACUGGGUAUAUGGCUGUUCAUGUCUGAGAUGCCAUAUGGCACUUUAUCCAGCGCCAUGCUGUGGAAAAUUUUCUACAUCAUGCAGUGUGCAGAGACGGAUGGUCUAGAGAAGCUCAGCUGUAGCCUGAGUGCUGAAGACUGUAUCCAGGGGCUCAGAGAACCAAGCCACCAGGAGAAGUUUGAGCACUGGCUGUCAGAGAUAAACAGCUCAGAUGGAAUCUGCCUUUUGACAACAUUUGCACACAUGGCCGAGCCCAGACGCACUGAUGUUGACCCAGAGUUUGUCAGGACCAUUGUGCUGGAGAUAUUUGAGGUGUCCUAUGUGAGUAUUGCCACUCGAGAGAUCUUCUCUAAAGUGGGACGGGAGUUGCUGGCUGUUAUAGCAUCUGCCCACCCUCACAUCAUCUCUGUAUUGUUGGAGAGACUGAGAGAGACCAUAGACAAAGUGGGCAUGGUGUCACUGUACCUGUUCAAGGAGUUGCCCCUGCACUUGUGGAUGCCAUCCCAGGCUGAGUUUGGGUUGAUUCGUGAUUGGCUGUUGAACUUCAGUCUCAUUGAUGUGGAAAACAGACUAGCCUGCAUCAUACUAGAGAGCCUUAACUGGGGUUUUCAUCAGAAUGGUGUCCUUGUUCAACCAGCUUCUUUGCACAGUGAUGUCGCCCUGCUGGUCAUUGAGGCUUAUCAAAAAUAUCUCACAGACAAACCAUAUGGUGGCAUCUUAUUAGAAGGCAUCAAACAGGUGUCUUAUCUGGCUAAUGUGGUGCGGCUCGGCCAGACUCCAGAGUCCUCUUUUAACCAGUGGGCCUGGGACCUGGUUCUGAGGCUGAAGCUUCAUGCCAACGAGCAAAGUCCUCAUGAUGCCUGGUGCCCCCUGCCCUCCUCCAGUGCCCGCAGUGUGCCAGAGAUAACAGACUCUCCCACAAUGCACCCUGUGUUUAAAGCUGUCAAAGUAGGCCUUCCCAUUGGAUGCUUCCUGGCUAUCAAGAUGACCACCAUUGGGCACAGUUUGGAGAAGCUCUGCAGUGAAGGAAUAUCUCUGCUGAAGACACUGGUUCAGUCCCGUCAUCUCAAAGCUGUAGUGCACAUACUAGAAAACAUUCUUCCACUGGUCUACCAUUGCCAGUUCUACUUGCUGAAAAACGAACAGUUUCUCAGCAGUAUCCAGCUCUUCCUGCGGCUGGAUAGUGGGACUCAAGGUGUGACCCAGCAGGUCACACAAAAGGUGGCCCAGCAUCUUAUCGGCACCUCUACAUGUGAGAACAUCAAGCUCCUAAACAGUGUGAUCCAGGCUCAUAUCCUGGAGAGCUCCAGGCCUGGGUAUGUUGGAGCAGUAGCUGUUCUCGAAUUUUGGCUUCAGGUUUUGACUGAUCCAAACCUCUGGCAUCGAGACAAAGAUGUUCUGUACAUUCUGGACCAUCUGUGCCGUGCUGCAUUUCUUCACCAACAAGAGGAAUGUUUCCAGAAACUUCUCUAUCAACAACACAAGAGUGCCUUAGGCUACCAUGGAGAUAAAGGUUUGCUUUCAUCUCUUAUGGGCUGGAUUGUAGCAGGAAACAUUACUCCAUCCUUCAUCGAAGGCAGCUCUCUCACAGGGGAGGUAUGGUUUGCUUGGCUGGUUCUCAAGAUGGAGUCGAUGUUUGAGGAGGACUCUCAGCUGCGCCGCUGUGUAGAGCAAGAGCUCCUCUCCAACUCUGCGUACACACCAGAUCAGGCUCUGAAGAAAGCCCAGGUGCGUCUCAAGCUUCAAGUUGUCCCCUCCGUGCAGAGGCUGAUGAUCUAUCGCUGGGCUCAACAGGCUCUAGUUACACCUGCAGAUCACCCGCUCCUGCCUUUGGUGUGGCAGAAAUUCCUUCAACUUUACUUCCGUCAACCUGGACCAGAGUUUGGGCUGGAGGUGAAAGGUUGUAUUGGCAGGCGUUAUUUCCAGAGUGCCGCCCAUCUCUCCUUGCUGAAGAGCCUCCGACAGCGGCUAGUUGAGGUGUCUGAUUUCCACCAUGCUGCUAGCAAGGUUCUGAAGGUGCCUUGUCCAUCUGGUGAAUCCAGUGAUGGUCUGCUAACCCCAGGGACCCCCAUCACAUCUCCUGAGCUGCACACUGAAUUUGUGCGGCUCUUCAAUGUAUUUGCUUUGUGGUUGGAUGAUGAAAACCUUCAGAAACAGGAAAUUUACUUGCCCUCUUUGCCAAAGCAUUAUGACACCCACCGCUUAGCCAAAAUCAUGCAGCGUCAGCAGGAGGUGUGGAUGGAGCAUGUGGACAUUGAGCGAGUCCAGCAUGAGCUGCAGGAAGUGAUCAGUCUGUGGUCAAAGGUCAAGAGUGAACCUGCACUUUCCCAGAACACCAGCUCUUCCAUCUUCACUGACUUCAUCAAUCCUCUAGCUGCAAGGGAACGUAUUCUCACUCACCUGAGAAAGCAUGAUGCCCCCCAGGGGGCGCUGUCGCUUGUGCCAAUGAAAGCCCCAGUGCCUGACAUUCCCACUGAGAGCCUGUCAGAUGAGAAAAUCUCCACUCUCUUAAUUCAGGAAGACCUUGCCAAACUUCAGCAUCAAGCCAAAUUGGCAACGGUGCGGGAAACACAACAGGUCGCUCUAGACAAUGAACUGUUGGAGGUGUUGCCUCAGCUCUACAUAAACCAAGAAGACCAGCUCUCAAUGCAGUUAGAGUGCCGAGGUAAAGGAGGACUGCCCUGUCAGGGUCCUGCACAUAUCACUGUUAAGUACUCAAGAAUGCAUAAACUGAAUCCAGUGCAGAAUCAGAUCCAGGGUCUUAAGAGUGAUAUUGAACAGCUGCAGGCUGACGGAGUCAAAGCUCCUCCUCAGAGUCUGGCUGAGGCAGCUGUGCACACAGAGAACUUCAUCACGGCCUUGGUUAAUGCUUACAAAUUAAAUGCAUCCCCUGGUAUACUAAAGGUGGGCAUCGCUGCUUUCUAUCAGAUAGUGUCUUUUGUAUGCGAGGACACACAGAGACAUCCACCGACUCGCCAGUUCUUAACUUCCUGUAUUGAGAUCCUGGGUCAGGUCUUUAUCCGGGACGUCCAAUCAGAAUGUAAGCAUAUGCUGAAGACCAUCCUGCUCAACAGGCACCUGUGUAACCUUCUGUCACCCUACUUCACCCCAAAUGCCUCUCCUGCAGAGCUGGUCUCUCUGUAUGAGGAAGUGGUCAACACCCUCCACACAGACAGCGGUGACGUCAUUUUUAUGCUCCUCACUAAAUUUGACAUGACGCAGUGGCUGUCUGCGGCGCAGCCUCCGUUCCCUGAGCGCAGCCGACUGAUGACGAUCAUUCAUCAGGCUCUCUGCAUCUGUGGACUGAAUCCUGAGCCAGAAGUCCUCAUGCCCUUCAACAUCUUCUGCAAACACUGGACUGAAAUGCUGCUUUACCAGUUUCCUGACCACUACAGCGACUUCCUGCGUUUACUCAUGCAGAGCUCUUCUGAGCAACUUCUCAGUCCAGACUGCUGGAGAGCAUCACUGCGAGUAUUGGGCUGCUCUUCUCACCCUAAAAUAAAGACAGCAAAAACCCGCUCCAUCCUCCUCUCCCCUCAACAGGUGGAUGAGACAAUUGAGUGGCUUUCCAAGUUCUUCCUGAAGCUUCGUUUGUCUAACAUGGACUUCAGGAGUUUCGGUCUGCUCUCAAAAUGGGGGCCGUACAUUGAAGAAGUCAAGGUGUUUUGGGAAGAUCUGAUUAACUAUGUCAUUGAUCUGGAACUAAACAACUGUAGCAAAGUAUCAGUAGGAAGUCCAAAACUUGUCAAAGCUCUUGAAAUCCUACAUGCAAAAAUGGCAAAACUUUUUGAACCAUGGAUUCUAGUCCUUGACACUGACAGCACCAGUCAACCUCGCUGUUCACCAUGGCUUGAAUCAGAUGCCACAGCUGCAGCAGGCUUAGUGAGCUUAUAUGCUCACUUGACAGAGACUUUGCAUGAGAAAUUCAAAGAUCACUUGUUGCCAGGACAAAGAGGAGCUCUGUGGCUCCAUCUCAUGCAUUACUGUGAGACCUGCACUUCUCCCAAGAUGCCAGAGUACCUGCUGUACACUUACCACACUGCGUACUGCCGUCUGCCGUGGAAGGACCUGCAUCCAGACCAGACGCUUAUGAACAAGUUUUUCAAUGUGGAAAGGGGAAGUCCAAAGAGCUGUUUCCUGUUUAUGGGAGAGCUGCUGUGUGAGGUGAACUGGGUCAGUACAUUGAGUGAUGCUCUCAGCCCACAGCCGAGCCCCUCGGCUCAGACUAUGGUGGUCUCCCUCCUCUACCUGAUGGUGUUCCUGGCCAAAGAAGAUCUUCCUCUCAACAAACCUGAGUCCCCUGUCCUAAAUCUACUUGGUCAGUCAUCUUCUCUGCCUUGGCAUCUAGUGGAUUUUCCUUCAUAUGAAAACAUCAUGCGUUAUGUUAGCACACAUUAUCCAUCCUCCCUUGUUCUCAGUCGUGACACUUCUUCACAACAAGUCAUCAUAUUGCUUCGAAUGGCUGCUGGAUUUGGGCUGCCCACACAGCCAAUGCAUCACAAGGACAUGACUUUAAAGUGUCAAGCCUUCCUUCACCUCAUGGUGCAGUUCCUGACCUCUCUGGAUCAGAAUGGGAACAUCAGUCUGGCGUCUCUGGAGACAGAAAUGGAGAAAUUACUGGAGUACAUUGCCCUUUUUAACCCUCCUGAGACAGACCCUCAGCAGAGGCACAUGGCCACGUGCAGUCUGUUUGCUAAGAUGCUGACUCUGCUGAAUGAAGCUGGCAUUUCUACUGCAGAGGGACUCGGGACUAAACUCCAUUCCUGGGUGGAAAAGAGAGCUCGGGGUCCUUUGGUUCUCCCCCUGCUAACCGCUGCUUGCAGAUGUCUGGCCUCAGUGCGUCAUAUGGCACGCACAACUGAGGCCUGUAUUCUCUCCUACUUCACUGAUGUUGGUUGUGUUGAUCAGUACUCUGGUUGGGGGCCCAUUCUGGUCUCCCUGCAGGUUCCUGAGCUGACUGUUGAGGAUUUCAUCCAGGAGAGCCUGAACCUGGGUAGUUAUCUCACCCUGUAUGUCUACAUCCUACAAAGGCUGAACCUGGAGCAGACCCUCCUCAAUGAGAAGAAGACUUUAGUGCUGCUCAGCUCGUGGAUCAACCAGGUCUUUCCUAGUGGUCCAGCCGAUGAGGCAAAGCUGUUCUUGUGGUGGCACAAAGUCUUGGAGCUUCUGCAGAUCCAGGUGGAUCAAGAGAACUCAUGUGAACUUGACACUCUGAUUCUCACAUUAAUGGCAUUCCAGAACCGACUGGCCCAGCUUGGCGAGGAAAGACUGAAUUCAGGCAUCCUGGGAGCCAUUGGCCUUGGGAGGAAAUCCCCACUUUCCAGCAGGUUUCGGGUUGUUGCACGCAGCAUGAUGGCUUUCCUCCUGGUCCAGGUGCCUUCAGAGUCUCAGUUGCGUCUUCAUGCAGGCACAGAGCUGCAGCUCUCAGCUAAAGCCCAACAGGCCUUAGCUUUGCUGGAAGUGAUGCCCAGCAAUAAGCAGUAUUCAGAGCUGCAAGUGUCUGUGAACCAGGCCUGCCAGUUCAUCAAGUAUUCAGGCCACUGCCUGCGUGACAGCAACCGUCUUUUGACCCUGCUAAUCAAUGCACUCUACACUGACCUUCACUAUCUGGAUAUCAUCCGUUAGCUACAGUAUAUAAUCAGCACAAGGUUAGAGUUAAUGCCUGCCAUCAAGCUCUGUAAAGCCCACCAAAGAAACUGGGGAAAGAAGCCUAACUCCAGAUGAUAUGAAGGAGAACUCUAUGUUGAGAACCAGUGCAAUCCAUUACAUAGUUUCAGUUUUGUAGCACUGAUGUCUUGACUAAGGUUUGAAAAGAAAGAUGAGAGAGGAAGGUUAAAUCAUGGUUUGCAGUACAUGCUCAUUCAGUUUAUGAUCCUAAAUAAAAUGGCUCUCUUAUCUUUCAGCCCUUUUCCUCAAUUGGUGCAUAGAUCUGCUUUGCUCAACGAGAUUAAGAAAAUGCAUGAUGAUCCACACAUGAAAGAAUACAUCAAACUCUUUAUUAAUGAAAACUAUCCGUUUUUGUGUGGAUUGUCAUGUGUUUUUUACACAGUUUAUGUUCUCAAUAUAUAGCUUAUUGUAGUCAGUUAUAUAAUUUAUUUUAGAUUAGCAAGGAUUUUAUGAUAUGUUUAAGGAUGAUUUAGAUGUGCUUUGUUGGAGGAAUUUUGGUGAUGAUUUAGAAAAUUAAUUGAAUUCACAUGGAGUAUAGUCAGAGUAUCUAUACCUCAUAGCACGUCUCUCUCAUUUCAUUUGUGCACAUGCUGGUGAAUUUACAAAAGAUUAUAUUUUAUUUUAGUUUCACUUCAGACUCACUAUUACUAUAUUUUAUUAUAUUUAAUUAGCUUUUUUAAAGUACUUACAAGCUCAUGAAAAUCAACCAAUAAUGGCUGGUUAUUUGAUAUUUUAGUCUUGUGAAGUGAAUAUUUUGUGGAUUUUGUAUUAUUUGAAUGAGGGGGUCGGCAAAAUGUUUUGGUCUGGCCAACAAUGUCCAAACUAGAUGAACACUGGCUGCUGCUGCAUGUGAUCUGUCUGAUAAGUGCACUUAAUUUUCAAACUUAGACAUGAUUGUCAAUACACAGCUUAAGUCCUUCCUUAAAUACCGUUCACAUGACAUCACACAUUCCUUUUGCCUCAAAAGGUUUCUGUUUCUCCACAGUAAGAUGGCUAAUAUUAAUUUGAAUAAUCAUUUAAAUUUGAAUGAAAGUGCUUACUGCUGUAUUUGAUAAUUAUUUUAUUAUUAAUUUGAAUUUGAAUGAGAGAAUGCAUUCUUUGGUACUGUUUCAGAAUGCUGCUAUCUCCAUAUUUGGAAUUAGUUUUUAUUGACUUAAGCUAAUAAGUCAGGCCCUCUGCAUGCUUUUAUAAUACAGUCAGAGGUCAUUUUCUCAUACCAAAACAUUCAUUGGUUUACAUAAUACUUCAGUAUGAAUAUCAAAACCUUUUACAUCGGAUUUACAUAGGAAUCAAGCAAUUUUAGUGCACAAUUUCAGUGUCCCCAAAUAGAUUAUCGAUUCCCCAUUCAACAAUAAGAAAUUACAAAAAUAUUUCAUCAUAAAAAAGUGGAAUUUACAGAUUUAAGUUAGAUUAUUUUUUUUUUUUAAUAACAAGCACAACACUGAGCAACCUUGACACCUAGAGGUCUGUAUAAAUGUAUACUGGAAAAAGUCUAAUGUUGUGUAUUGCCUUGUAAUCUGUUUUCUUGUGUUUUCACACUUCUUGUGCCAUGAUUACCCUUCUUUCAUGUCAAAUGAUCUUCUUCUCUGUAAAUGUAAAUGAUUAUCAAGGUCAAUAAUACCUACAAUCAAAAGAAUUGUGUGUUUAUGUUCUCAUGUGAUGUGAAAAACUUUCAUUUUUAUUUGUUUUUAGCAAAUAGCAAAAUAUAUUUAGCAUGUUUUACUUUAUCAAAAUUUAUCUUUAUUUGUGUUGAGUAGAAGAAAGACACUCAUCAUCCCACACUCCCGCUGUGUCGGGGGGGGGGGGGGGGUCAAAAAUAAGUAUGUACUAGGUUAAAACUAUUUUGUUUCUUUUUUAUCUGUCAAAAUGAUGGACAGCAUUUGGAAUUAUCCAUCAACAUUUCAAAAAUCAGUAAAUGAAGUGACGGAGAAUGUUUGGUCAUUACUUAAUCCAAUGGUCCUUGACAUGUUGGGUUAAUUAAUUGUUUGUGUUCCACCAGAAAUAAUGAGUCUGAGAUGCCACUUUCAGUACUAGGGUGCGUACUUGAAAUUCUGCAGCCACGUCCACACUAUCCGUUUAAGUUUGAAAACCCUGUUGUCAUUUUCAUAACAUACUUUUCCAAAUUAUGCGGUUAUGAAGAGCGUUUUUUAAAGUCUUUGUUUUCAGUGCCCUUCCAGUGUUGAUGAGAGAUAUAAAUGUAGAUCAACCCAUGUGUUUUCAAACAAAAAUGUACUAGUGUGGUCUGUACUUUCUGCAUGUUUACUUCGACGCUUCCAGUGUAGACUAUCCUUUAUAACAGGUGUAAAAAAAACAUUGUGUAUCCUCUAACAAAUGGAUUUAAACUCACACAAUUGUGAAAAGACACAAAUGUAAAUGGACAUUUGCUAUUAUUUCUUUACUUCCAUGUAAUGAUGAAAGUCAUUAAAGUGAACAA